AUGGAUAGCUCUCCUGGCAGAAGCGCGUCCCAUCCACCCUCCCCCUCCCCAUCCUUUGUAAUUGCUUUCCCAACCCUCGAAGUACUCCCUGCCCCUCCAACAAUUGAUCUACCAAGUAGAUCAAGACGUCGAUCUAACGCGCUUCUUGGAAGCACCAAUCCUCCUCAAACAGAGGGUUUUACAACACCAGCGCGCCGCGAUUCAAUUGAUUCAAUUCGAUCAACGACAUCUGCUUCCAGCGGAUAUAACGCUGAAAUCGAGCGUCUUCGUGCAGAGGUUGCCCAACACGAUCAAGAAGUUGAGGAAUCCGCCAUUGGUCUUGGUAUUACCAGAGGAUCAACUGCCACCACAGGUGAAAGUGAGACAUUCAAUUACCGUGGUGUCCAGAGCGCAAGACAAUCUUUUGCUCUGCCAUCAAGACGCGAGCCAUUACCAGUCGCCGAACGACCACCAGCUAGUGUAAGAGAUCGCCGCAGAUCCCAACACUCUCGAUCUUCUUCCGUCGCCUCUCUCCCUUCUACAGAAGAUUUGAGAGUCUUUUCAGAGCCCGACGUCUACUCGACCCUCCCUCCUCUUACACGACAACAACAGAAAGCUCGCAGACCAAGUGCGCAAGAGGCUUUUCAAAACCUCCCCCAACUCACUUCUGCUACAUACAUUCCUCCUCAACUCACCUCCGCUACAUAUAUUCCUCCUCAACUCACCUCCGCUACAUACGUACCACCUCAACUUACAAACGCUACAUACGUCCCACCUCAAGCACGUAAGAUGAAUUAUCAAGGCUUUGGUGAUCCUAAUCAGCCCGGUCAGCCAUCCAAUCCUCGACAAGCUCCGCCAUCGCCAGGUCAAGGUAUGGCUCAUACAAAUGGAAUGAACGGUCAGAUGAACAUGGCUAGCAUGGCUAACAUGAUUGGCUUUCCGACUCCUGCUGGACACCAAUCUGACCUGAACUAUAUUAUGAUCAUGGUCGAGGAGUUGAGUCGCCUUUUGGCGGCCAACCAGAAGAUUACUGAUAGUAUUCUUGAGAAGAUCGGAAAUGUUCGUCAACGUGCAAAAGACAAGAACCUGAGCAACGAUGAACUUCUCGCAAUUGUCUCUGAGGAAUUGAAUGCGGGUUCUGAGAAUCUCGAGAACGAGAACUCCCAAUUGCGCCGAGCCAUCGAACAAUCUAAGGCUGAUGCCGAUGAGAAUUGGAAGUUGGUUCUUCACGCUGCUGGUAUCCUCGAGGAUAUCAAGGAAAAGGCCCAUAACUACAAAUUCCAACAUGAAAAGGAUACUCUCGCCUGGCACAAGAGCUACCGUGAUCAACUUGCUCAAGAGCGCAAAGAGAAUCUUGAACUCCGUUGCCACAUUGCCGAUAUGCAAGCUCAUGCUGCAAAGGCCAAUGACUAUAUCAAUCAGCUUCGCCGUUACGCUUCUGAGCACAAGAUCAUCACUGAGCUCACUACACAAGUUCAUCAGUACAAGUCUGAGCGUCGUUUCUGGAAGCGUAUGGCUUGCGUUGGUCUCCGCGAAGAUCCUAGCGAAUGGUCUGAUGAUGAAGGUGGUGCUACCGGCGAUAUCCCUGAGGCUGAGAAGAUUGCUUGUGCCUCAUACAUUGCUGAACGAGAAGAAAUGGCUCGAAUCAUUCUCGGCAAGAAUGAUGAAGAUUCCUCUUAA